CAAGACUAGAUUUGGCUAAAUUGUAAGAUACUUAAGGGCAGGAAUUAAUCUAUAUCAGUGUCUGAUAGAGUGCCUAGAAAUAAUUACUUAUUAAUUGAUUAUGGCCCUGAGCAAGUCUCUUCCUUUUUUCAGGCAACUCCACAAGACUGUAAUGUUCAGAGCAGUGUGCCAAUCUGCAAUGUUAGAGAGAUCACUCAUUAGGUUUUCAUUACAAUAUGGAAAGACCAGAGCUUCAACAAAGGGCUGAAGGAUACAGAAUCAGGAAAAGCUUUCCUCUAAGAAGUCUCUCCUAACCUAAUCCUUCAAGAAAGAUAAGAAUUCUGAAAGGCAGAGGAAAAGGAGAAAACACAUUACAAGAAUGGGGGUAACUUGCUCAUGUAUGGAGGUGAGAGAUGAAAUAGUUGAGUUUUGAGAACAGCCAGAAGUAAUCAAAUUUGACUGUAAUGUAGAAAGAAUAAAGGAAGGUAACAUGAAAUAAGGCAUAUCAAAGUCUAACUGUGGGAAACCAUGUUAAGGAUUUUUUCUCUUUUAUCUGAAAGGUAAUAGGGAGUCACUGAGGUUUUUUGAGCAAGGGAGUUAGCAAUUAUUAAUUCCUUCCUAUCUUUUAGGGUUCUGUUAUAAUGAGCAUUGCACAGCAGUACUAGAAAAUGGGCUGUCAUCUAAGACCUGUCCUGUAUUUCCAUUUAAAGGCCUUCAAAGAGAUAAAACUAUUCAUGAUAGUAAAUGUGACCAGUCAGAUAGGAUUUCAGGCACUUUUGCAUUAGUGAUUUCUACUUCCAGUCUACUCCAUUAAAGAUCCCAUUUUAUUCUUACCCUAACCAGACACUGAACAUUUGGUUUCCUGGUCAUUACCCUAAAAGAUCCAGAAAAUGAUUUGUAAAAUGGGGCUGGGGAGUGGUCGUUUAAAAGCAGAAAUAGAGGGGGCAUCUGGGUGGCUCAGUGGAUGGAGAGCCAGGCCUAGAGAUAGGAGGUCCUAGGUUCAAAUAUGACCUCAGCCACUUCCCAGCUGUGUGACCCUGGGCAAGUCACUUAACCCCCAUUGUCUAUCCCUUACCACUCUUCUGCCUUGGAACCAAUACACAGUAUUGAUUUCAAGAUGGAAGGUAAGGGUUUUUUUUAAAUAAGUAAAUAAAAUAAAAGCAGAAAUAGAAUCACAAAGAUGGCUUGAAUUUAGUCUGCACUCCAGGAGGAUAAUGCAAGAGGCAAAAUUCCAGAGGAAAUUUUUGAAGUAUGAGAGAAAUGAGCCAGAAUGUCUGCUCCAUCAGACACCCUCCUAGAAUGAUCUUUCCACAUUCCUAGGUGACUCACUCCAUGGAGAAGCAGGGAGGGAACUGAGAACUGCUUCUUGGACUUCUGGAUCAGUCCUAAAGAAAUGGAAAGAAGUUUUUUCACCCUAGGCUUUCAGAGGCUGUACUUUGGGAUUUUGGCAAAGGCCUCAAAGAUCUAGGGACCCUUUUACUGAAAGGAGAUAGUUGUUCCAGAGAUUUUCAGCUGGCAGAAAGUAGUAGUCAAUCUGAGGAGAUUGGCUUCUCAGUUUAUAGAAUUAGAGUGGCACUUAGAGGCAAUACUGACACUUAAAGACAAAUCUAGCAUUUCUCUUUAGGAGUCUGGGGAAUUUAGUUCAUUUUCAACAAGCAUGUAUUAAAUUCCCACUGUAUAUGAAAUAAGGUAAACCAGGCAUAAUAUCUAUUAUCAUUAAAGAGUAGAGAUUGAUGUUGGAUUUCAAACUACAAUAUUGCCUAAUCCCUGACUAAACAAAGCAAACAAACAAAACCUACUUCCUCACUUCAGUGUAUUUUUUUCAGCCCAUUGAGCAAAAUCUGUUUAGAAAUCCUACUACUAAAUUCUGAGUCAGCUGGGCUUUAGGAUACUAGUCAAUGUCCUGGAACCCAUAAGUAAGAAAAGAGGAAGAGGUGAGGGAAAAACUUCUCUUUGGGAAGUCCUUCCCUAGAGCAAGCAGGUGAUUGGAAAAAUUUCCCUUUAUUGAAUAUUUCUAGCUUCUCCCUAAGCACAAAUGCCCUUAAAAAAACAAAAACAAAAAACCCUUACUUUCCAUUUCCAAUACUGUGUAUUGGUUCUAUGGCAGAAGAGUGGUAAAGCCUAAACAAUGGGAGUCAAGUGACUUGCCCAGGGUCACAUAGCUAGGAAAUGUCUGAGGCCACAUUUGAAUCCAGGACCUCUUGUCUCUGGGCCUGGCUCUCAAUCUACUGAGCCACCCAGGUGCCCCCUUAGGUGCCCUUCAUAAGGCUUAGUCCUAGUGAUCUUUUUCUUCUCACUACACACUCUCAGUAUCCUUAUUAGCUCCUAUGGUUUCACUGUUUACCUAUGAAAUCUAUAUUUUCAGUCCUAAAGUCCAGUUACACAUCACCAACUUCCUGCUGGAUAGCUCCACUGAAGGUCCAAUCUGCAUUUCAUAUUUCACAUGUCCAAAACAGUACCCAUCAUCUCUUGCUCCAAAUCUGCAUCUCCUUUUUACCUCAAUAAAAACAUAUUACUAUAGCGCCUACUAUGUGUGAGGCACUAGGGAUACAAAGAUAAGUCCCUGAUUUCAGGAGACUUGUAUUUUGCUGAGGGGUGGGGUAGACAAUUGUUAAAUUUAACAUUAUAUCUCUAAUAAUAAAAAUAUAUUUUAUGAAGUUUAUUAAGGAUCAUUAGAAAUCAAGGAAUAACGAAGAUACAAAAUAAAAAAACCACGUGCCCAUGGCUGAUUAACCCAUUUAAAAUCCCCACAUUUAGCUUACCACUAUACUUGCUUCAUCUUUGCAAAGGAAGGAAGAGAGUGUGGGAGGUGUUACUGACAGUUAAAUACCAAUUGUGAUCUUGCCAAUGGGGAGACUCAGGAGAGAUUAUAGGGAAUUCUGGGAAAUACCAAUGACUUCUGGGGAAUGAAGUCUAGGGUUCAAAAUCUCCAUUUUUACACAAUGCAGUAUGUAAACAAACAAAAUUAAAGGGAGAAGAUAUGAUCUGACAAGUGAGGGAUGGCACCUGAGUUGAUCUUUGAGGAUCAGUAAAGGAUUCAUAUCAGCAAAGAUGAGAAAGGAGGAUGUUGAAGGGAAAUGCAAACAGGUAAGAGAGGGACUAUCCAGUUCAGGAAACAACUUCCCCAAGAUUGUAGAGGACACUACCAUAUUCCCAGUCAGCCAGGUUCAUGCACAGCAGUUAUAGUUUGCCCUGCCUCACUUGUUAGACUACACCCCAUCAGGAUGAAAGUCCUGAGAAGUUGGUGAGUUGUUGCAUUUUAUUGAUGAAGAAGCUAGGACAGGGACAGAUCUCAGAAGCACAGAUACCAUGCCUCCAAGUUACCCCAGAGAAGCUAGGGACAUAGCCAAGAAUGAAAUCAAGUUUCCUGCUUUGCAAACCAGUGCUCUUACUGCUGGGCACCAUGCCUCUAUCCUAGGCAUGGCUAGCAUCCAGGCAGAAAUGAGACCAAACCCCAUAUUUCCACAGAAGAAGUUUGAUUGUUUCUGAGGUUGUAUUGUAUUAGUGUAUCGAAAGUUAGAAAAUCUUUGUGGAGUGUCUGCGCUCUAACCCCCUCAGACUACUCCCAAUUCUUGGCUUGUUGUUUCUGUCCUGGUGGUGAGUCAGCUGUGGGUGGAAAGCCCAGGAGUCACCACCAAUGUGCUCAUGGCUGCAUUCCUACAUUCCUGCCUGGUGUGCUGUGCAUUUUUAGCAUUCCUUAGGAGCCCUGUGUCCACAAUGUACACAAUUAUCAUCAAGGACUCUGGCUUUCAGGACAGUACCCCAGCUUUCAGCUGCCCUACAACUUUACCUGGUCGGAAUUAGAGAUGUCUUUGUCAUGGAACUUCAAUAUUUUGGAUGGUCAGAGAAUAUGGGGGCCCUAUUUUUUGGUGGUUGAGGGCAAACAAGUUUUCAGGUAUGGUUUCAUGGGCACUGACUAUCCAGGAUGAAGGAAUACUUCUUCUCUGUGUUUGUUCCCUGUGUUGUCUUUUCAGGGCAAAUAGAGAAAAAGUUGUAGCCAAACAAGUUUUAGCAAAAUCCACUAUCUUUUAUGAUAUCCUAUAAGCAUGUCUCCAGUAGAUUUACCCCCAAUUUUUCUUUUAAAAUGCCAACACUCAUCAUCUUGCAGUCAUGGCCACUUAGAGAGCUGGCCCUCAUUCAGCUGUGGACAGUUCCUCAUUGUCUGCCAAGGAUCUUUCUGUAUAAAAACAAAGUACCUUUUUCUUUUCUUUUUUUUUCUAUUCAAGCCAUAAAUAUUAAUUGAGUGAAUAAUCUAUGUGACUCACAAUCACAGUCUUUUAACCUAGAGAUCAUGAGACUAAAAUUCCUGAACAAUGACUCCCCAAACUGAGGUCCACCAUAGAUCUGAUGGCAAAGCUUGGAUGCUGGGCCUCAAUUCAGCCUCGGACAAGCUGAGUGAGAGUACUGCCUCUAAACUUCAUUACUGCUUCUCAUGGGGUAUUUACAGAAAGACUCAGUUUUCUCUCGAGACCUGUUCAGCUGUCCUGGUUCCCAGGGGCCCUAGAAAAAUCCAGGGCUACUCUUGAAGUGGGAAGCUGCCCUGGAUUUGGGCAAUAACCAGUAGAACUUGAUGCUGACGCCACAGUGUAAAAAUAAACACCUCCCACAGUGUCUUCUCAACCUGUUUGGCAUCAGAGCUGCUAUUAUUAACCUCAUAGGCAUCUGUGAUGGGCAGACAACAGCCUGGACGGGACCCAUCAAGCCAGAAUGGGAGUUUGUUGCCUUUCCCUCACACCUGGAGGGACCUGAUUCAGGGUCCCAAGAAAAGGGUGGCCAAUCUAAGAACAUGCUCUACUUCAGGUGCCAGGCCUUCCUGAUGAGAUGUGUCCUUCCCCAGAGGGCUCCGGGGGCAGUAUCUGGGGCCAUUGAUGCCCUCAGCCGAACUUUCCAGAAUGGAUAGUCCCCCCAAGCUUACAGGAGAAACCCUCAUCGUCCAUCAUAUCCCCCUGGUGCAUUGCCAGGUCCCUGACAGGCAGUGCUGUGGGGGUGGAGGUGCGGGCAAUGGAAGUACAAGGACCAACCCCUUCUGUCCACCUGAGUUGGGCCAUCCUGACAGAGAUCUGACCCAGGCUGACUCUCUGCUCUACAGUAGAGUGCUCCCUGCCUCAGGAGGUGCUGCUGGGGCCGGGGCUGGGGCUGGGGCUGGGGCUGGUCCUAAAAGCAGGAGCCGAGAUGGCCGAGGACCUGGAGUUCCCAAGCGGCACAAUCCUUUCCUGAUGAAGGAGAGUGAGCCAGAAGACCAAUAUGGAGAUUGCAACAGUUCAGCCCAACAGUCCUUUCAUCUGCAUGGGAGUGGACAGCCCCCCUUCCAACUGGCACCACCUGGCCCCGGAACAGGGAAAGCCUGGGGAGCCACAAACAGUCGAGCUGGUGUAGUAGAAGGACAGGAGCAGGAGCCUCUGAGCAGUUCAGAGAUACAGAAAUGCAGUCAUGGGCAUCACUGUCCCCCAGAACUGGAGACAGAGACCAUGGAGCUGGAUGAGGGGGGUGGCCCUGGGGCCAGUGACACUUCUGGUUUUUCCUUCGAUCAGGAGUGGAAACUUAGCUUAGAUGAAUCCCCAAGGAACCCAGGUGUCCGAGCCUGUGGCUGUUCAGGCUCAGGGUCACGACAUUGUCGUUGCAGCAGCACAUCUAGCCAAUCAGAGGUGGCUGACCAGUCCAUGGGCUAUGUUAGUGAUUCUUCCUGCAACAGCUCAGAUGGCGUAUUGGUCACUUUCAGUGCCCUCUACAACAAGAUGCAUGGUCACUCCCGUGCCAAUCUCAAUUCUGCCCCCCUAUCCUGCAGCGAUUCUUCCUUCUGUAGCCACUCAGACCCUGGAGCCUUCUACCUGGACCUGCACCCCUCCCCUGCUGAGUCUAAGAUGUCUUGUGAGUCCCAUCACGCCGACAGUGGGGGUGGAGAUGGGGGCUGUGGCUGCCCUCAUGCCUCCUCCCCUGAGUUAGAUGCCAACUGCAACUCCUACCGCCCACACUGUGAGCCCUGCCCGGCUGCGGCUGACCUUACCGCCUGCUUCCAGAGCCAAGCCCGCCUUGUGGUGGCCACACAGAACUACUACAAACUUGUCACCUGUGAUCUGUCCUCACAAUCUUCACCCAGUCCUGCUGGCUCCUCCAUCACCAGUUGCUCAGAGGAACACACCAAGGGUAGUCCUGGCCCAAUCUCAGGCCAGCCCACUGAGUACUACCUAUUCCAAAAACCAGAGGCCCAAACAGAGGAACAAAAGACCAAGAGUUCUCCAGCAGACGUGGGAUCCGGGAUGGGCCCAGAUUUAAUAGAGGGUCAGGUGUAUGUCAACAUAUCUCCUCCCAACCUCAGUAGUGGGCGUCAGCGUUCUCGCAGCUAUGACCGAAGUCUGGAACGAAGCCCCCCCACAAGGCUGGGCUCCCUGGAGCGCAUGCUGAGCUGCCCUGUUCGCCUGAGUGAGGGACCCUCCUCAUUGGCUGGAUCUGGCUCCCCACCCAGACGUGUGACCUCCUUUGCUGAACUGGCCAAGGGUCGAAAAAGAGGUGGAGGCUCAGGUUCACCUCCCCUGCGGUUGAGCACUGGUGACUCCUCUCUGGAGUUCUCACCCAUCCCUGAGGCCCAUCGAGAUGGGACAGGCCCGCUGGAUGAGGGUACACGUUGUAGCCACAGCCUACCAUCUCUACCCCUUGGGCUCUGCAUGGACCCCAGCAGCCUGGAAGCCCAAGUUGGCCAGGGCUGCAAGGAUGGCCUCCAGCAGGGUCCCCAGUCCAGUGAGUUGGCUCCCGCCAGUUUUGGAGCUACUGGGCAGGCACCCCUGGCUCUUUUGAUGGAGACAAGUUCUUCUUUCCCAGCAAUCCCAGCCAACAGCCAUACCCAGAGGGAUAUAAGAGCUAGAGCUGACGGAGGCAGCGCUGAAAAUCGGCCCAUCCUUCGCUACAGUAAGGAACAGCGACCAACCACCCUGCCCAUCCAACCCUUUGUGUUCCAGCACCAUUUCCCCAAACAGCUGCCCAAGGCGAGGGCUCUACACAGCCUCUCCCAACUCUACGGCCUCUCUGGAAGCAACCGCUCACAGCCACCUACCCUGCUAGCCUCCACCUCCCAGGGCUCUGCCCUGGCACCCUCAGCAGAGCCUCCUGCUCCUGCUCCCCGAACAGCAGAUGGAGCUGCCUCUGUCCCUGAAGAAAGCACCAGAAAGGCUGCACCUGACCUGGACACUUCUCGGCCAUCCCCUCUGGGAAGCUAUUCUCCCAUCCGAAGUUCAGGCCCCUUUGGGCCCAGCACUGACUCUUCUUCUGCCUCCUCUUCUCCCCCUGAGCACACUGUGGAUGGACCCCCGCCACGAAGCCACUCCUGCCCUGCCACAGCCAACCUGAUCCCUGUCCGCCAGGCUCGAAUGGCUGGCCCCGCCCACCAGCUGGAGGCCCCUGCUGAACCCAGCCCGCUGCUCUCUGAGUACCGGCUCCAUGCGGCAGGAAACCUGCCCCACCUGGGUCCCACAGGACCCAGCCUGAGCCGAGCGGAGAUCCUAGCCCGGGGAGGUGGUGAGGGCAACACUCCAUCCCGGCUUAGUAAUGCCAACCACCUAUCCCCUCAAGCUCUCAAGUGGCGAGAAUAUAGGAGGAAGAACCCACUAGGGCCACCAGGUCUUGGGGGAAGCUUGGACCGGAGGCCACAGGAAACUCGACUGACCCGGAGAAAUCCCAUUUUUGAAUUCCCUGGACCUCUCAGUGCUGCAGGCCACCUGCAUUGCCGUGUAAAUGGUCAAGCAGUGAAGCAGUUGCCACUAAGCCAUACUGACUUCUUCUCUGACCCUUUCUCCUUGACUGAGAAGCCCCCUGCUGAGUUCUGUCUAUCCCCAGAUGGCAAUACAGAAGCUAUCUCUAUUGACCUGCUACAGAAAAAAGGACUAGUGAAGGAUGUUAACACUGCUGUGGACCUUAUUGUGGCACAUUUUGGCACAAGCAGAGACCCAGGGGUUAAGGCUAAGCUGGGAAAUAGUUCUGUGAGCCCCAAUGUGGGUCACCUAGUGCUGAAGUACCUGUGUCCAGCUGUUCAAGCUGUGUUGGGUGAUGGGCUUAAGGCCUUCGUACUGGAUGUCAUCGUUGGGCAACGCAAAAAUAUGCCCUGGAGUGUGGUCGAAGCUUCCACACAACUUGGCCCAUCCACCAAGGUUCUACAUGGCCUCUACAACAAGGUCAGCCAAUUCCCAGAGCUCACCAGUCAUACCAUGCGCUUCAAUGCCUUCAUUCUUGGUCUUCUCAACAUUCGUUCUCUGGAGUUCUGGAUCAAUCAUCUCUACAACCAUGAAGAUAUCAUUCAGGCCCAUUACCAGCCAUGGGGUUUCCUGAGUGCAGCUCACACCGUGUGCCCAGGAUUAUUUGAAGAGCUGCUGCUGCUGCUACAGCCUCUGGCACUGCUGCCCUUCAACCUGGAUCUUCUGUUCCAACAUCGACUCCUCCAGAAUGGCCGGCAGCAGCAACAGCAGAAGGAACUGCUGCGUGUGUCCCAGGGACUGCUUCUCUCAGCCCACUCCACUUUGCAGCUGGCACGCACCCGGGAACAAGAGGGCCAUGGGGGCACAGACGGGGCAGCCCCUGGGGAGCGGGUGAAAGGGGUGGGGGCCCCAGCAGGAGGUGAGGAGGAGGAGAAGUUGGUGGCGACUGUAGCAGAGGUGCAAGCAGGCACAGGGCAGGGUGGACGGGCACGAAGUGGGCAGACUGGCUGGUGGUACCAGCUCAUGCAGAGCUCCCAAGUCUACAUCGAUGCUUCUGGUGAGGGUUCCAGAUUUCCCCGGAGUGGUGAGAAGAAGAAAGGGGUAGGAGGCUCCCAAGCCCCACCCCCCCGAGAAGGUGUGGUAGAAGGGGCCGAAGCCUGUCCCACUGCUGAGGAAGCCCCCAGCCGAGAUAGGGGCUGGCCUUUCUGGAUGGGGAGCCCACCAGAUUCUGUGCUAGCUGAGCUGAGGCGAAGCCGAGAGAGGGAAGGGCCCGUGGCCGCCCAGGGGGGCAGUGAUGAGGGGACCCAGGAGUCUACUACUGGAGGUAUCAAAUGGGGGCACUUAUUUGGCUCCCGGAAGACCCAGCGAGAGUCCCGGCCACUCAAUAGGCUCCCCUCCGAAUGGCUAAGCCUAGACAAGUCGGUGUUCCAGCUGGUGGCACAAACAGUGGGUGCCCGCCGAGAGUCCGAGUCCAGGGAAAGCCCUGAAGAAGCACCUGCUCUGGACCUGCCCCCUAACUUGCCCUGCCAGGUGCAGGCACUCUGCCACCACUUGGCUACAGGGCCUGGGCAACUGAGCUUCUGCAAGGGGGACAUCCUGCGGGUGCUGGGACCAGCCGGGGGUGAUUGGCUUAGGUGUGGCAGAGGCUCUGACACUGGCCUGGUGCCCCUGGCCUAUGUGACACCAACCCCUACCCCAAUCCCUACCCCCAAGGGCACCCGUGAUUGAAGCCCUUGUGCAUGCUGGAGCCCUCUAGGCACCCUCACUUCCCCUAGGGACUCGGAGCCCAGGAUGGGGCACAGAUUCAGCUCCCCCCACCCCCAGGCUCCAUUCGCCUGAUGGGAGCUGAAGGGCCAUAUCUGUGUACCCGUGCCUGCCCUCCCCAUAUGCUCUGUAUUCAUUAAUCCCUCAUAAUGUGUCCUAAGACCUUUGAUUCAGACCCCCCCCCCACCCCAAGGAAGGAAAAAGACUAGGCAUCCCUGGGAUGCCAAGACUUCAACUCCUCCACCCACCUGAGUAAAAAGAGGGGUUGUGGAGGGGCCCAGGCAUGCCAUGGUGAGUGUUGUGAGGAAGAAGGAGUAACAGUAUUGGGGCUGACCCCUCCCAGGCCCCCCCAGCUAUAAAUAGGCUGCUGCCAAUACCCUGGCCAUGUAGGGGAGGGUCCAGGCCAAUGUUUAUUUAUUUAUUUAUUAUGCAUAUUAAUAAAAAAGGUGCUCAGCCUCUGA